UUUUUUACCGUUGUGUAGUGAUGAAAACGGAGUUAGGUGGCUGUAAUUGCCAGGCACCAAUAGUCUCGUUUACUUGACCCAUUAAGAACCAUUAUCAAAUCACAUGGAUAUAAUGAUUCACAGUAUCCUUAAUAUGUUUAUAUUGGCAAACUUCUGAAUCAUGACUAAAUACGGAUGAAUUCUAUCAAAUUUGUCACAAGAUAAAGUGUUUCUGGUACACCAUUGUCUGAUUGUGAUUGGCAUGAUGUUAGUUUGAGCACAAAUAUUUGGAUAAAAUGUCGAGUGAACAAGUGGAAACAUUGAGUUGGUUUCACCCUGGAUGUGACCGCCACACUGCGGAGAGUUUACUUUUACAGAAUGGUGUGGAUGGGACCUAUCUACUGCGACCCAGUUCUAAACCAGGCGACUAUGCCCUCUCAGUCAGGUGUGAUUCCUCCGUGAAGCAUUAUCCUCUCACCUGGACAGGAACGAACUAUAAAUUUGGUCAUGGAGAAUUCGACAGUGUUCAAGACUUACUACACCAUUUUCAGAAUAAACCAUUAAUCGGCUCUGAGUCAGGUCAGCUGACUCUCCUCAGUUUUCCGUACCCACGAGCGAUUGAUGAGCCCAACAUGUAUGAUACAAUCCGAGUCCACGCGGAAUUCAGCACGGCUGAUGACUUUUCUAAAGGACCAGAAUUCUCAAUUAAUUCAAAGGAAGGCUUUUUAACAAAACUUGGAGCCACCUUUAAGACAUGGAGGACAAGGUGGUUUGUCUUACAGAAAAAUGAGCUGCGAUAUUACAAAAACAAGACAGACAAAACUCCCAUCAGGGCAUUAAAUCUAGAUGAGUGCUCCGAGUGCCAAAGAGAUGGUUCUCACAAAGGAAAAUUCAAUGUCUUUAGAGUUGUGUUUAAAUGGCGGACCUUCUAUAUGUAUGCCACUACAGAGCAGGAAUGUAACGACUGGAUAUCUCUGAUCAACUGGCGACUGAAUAAACACUUCAAUAGUAAACCGUCGUUCAGAAUUAAGGAUCUAUGAAAUCUGGUCUUAAAAGACAGUCGACAGCGGUUGUGUGACGCAGGGCCAUUGUAAGGAUAGCAGCCAAUCAAAAUACAGCAAUGGAAUCAGCUGACUUCAUGCAAAUGUUGAUUGAUGGAUUGCUGCAUGUGUACCUCUAUCUUAGCAUAUAAAAUAUUGGGAGGAUAUUUUUAUUAGAAUGUAAAAAAAAAAAUUAAAGAAAUGGUACAGGUACUUUUUUAAAUAAAUUUCUAUUUUCCAAGGCAAAAUGUGGAGCAUGUUUCAUUUCUCUUUGCAAAUUCUUACUAUGUAUUUUCUGCUAAACAUAUGAGGAUGACACCAGUAUUUCCUGUAAAAAUGCGUGAAUUAAAACAUAUUCCUUGUAAUUUGUGAACAGCAUUAGUUAAAGUGGUGCUGCCUGCUAUAGAAGAGAUGUUAUGUUAUCAGUUAGGGAUAUUUUUUUCCUUUGUUUAAGAUGAUUAUGCAAGUACAUACAUAGAUACUGGUGUAUUUACAGAUAAAAUUUCGUCUUGUUUUUGCUUGGGGCAUAUGUUCUUAAAUGUUGAUGCAUUAAAUUAAAUGUUGAUUUUUUUUGCUAUGCAUUUUGAGGGUGCAAGAGAAAAAUGUUAGAUUUCCCCAGUAUGUGUAUAUUAAACUGGACAGUGUUUAGUGAGUAGUGAUUUAAAAAUGUCUGUAAUAUAUUUGUAGAAUUGUUUUCCAUGUGGGUUAUUUCCCCCUCAUUCCUUCAGUCAGCUUUAUUUUAGAGCAACUGUUUCAUGAUGCACACAAAGACCAUCAUUUGAAAUUAGAAUUUCUUUAAAAAUAAUUACAUGUAUAUUGUAUAUUAAUUGUGGGUAAAAAAAAACAAAACAAAAAACAUGUACAAGUAAUUACAAUAUCAGAGCAUAAUUUCAUUAAAAAAAUAUUUUUGAAACAUCAGUAAAAACGAGAGAAAAAAGUAGUGCACAGAAAUAGAUGACAGAUGUGUUAUGUAGUGCACAGAAAUAGAUGACAGAUGUGUUAUGUAGUGCACAGAAAUGGAUGACAGAUAGGUGUGUUCUUUUGUUGUGACGUUUCAGUGUUAGAUCUCUUUCAUUUUGUUGGAAUGUUUGUUUACAGUUCAGAAAACUGUAUUUUACACAACUUGUAUAUUGACAGUGCGUAAGCAUUGUAAAAGGAAUUUAUUUUUACAUGUAAAUUGAAUGAUGUUUUGGAGUGUAAUCUGUAAAUUUAAAUUGUUUAGAAUUGAGGAAAAUGUACCUGUACACUCCGAUUUAAUUAGCUGAAAACACUUUUAUAAUGAUAUUGCUACAAAGCAUAAUAUUGUCAUGUGCAUCUUAAAGAAAGCCCAUAUAAAACUUCUAUUAUCAAAGAACUGAAUAGAUUUCAUGUUGAGAAUGAAUGUUGUAGAAUUGUGAAGAUAGCUUUAAUACUAUUUAUCAGCCUAGGUUGUAGCCUUGUGAAGAAGUUCAUAAUUUAUUUUUCCUUUAUAAAUUUCCUAAUCUUUUUGUGGUGAGCUUUAAUUGGUCUACCAAUAUAUACUAGAUCUCAACCCAAUGCUUAGUUUGAAACGUGUUACAUUUUUUGUCUCCUCCUGAAUGCAGUAUUAUACUUGCAAAGAAAUGUAAGGUAGAUUUUCUAUAGAUAUUUCUACUAUCUUCCUAAUUGCUUGCUCAACUAUGUUUCCAUUGGCAGUUCCUCUAGACAUAUUUUUCAGACCUCGUGAUAGAAAAGAAUGGUACAAGAAAUGCUGACAUGAAAGGUGGUAUCACACUUGCUAUGAACAAAUUUUCUACCUCCCUUUGAAGAGCUCCAAUUUUUACAGUUUUUGACAAAAUUGGGGCAUGUUUGAAAGUUUCCUUACUGUAGAAUACUUAUUGAUAUUUAUUUACUAACAAAAUGCACCUAGUACAAUUUUAUAAUCAAUGUCUGAACAGAGAGUUCAAUUGAUUACAGAGUGUCCCUAUAUGUGAAAGCUCUGAAAACAAAUACCCAGUAAAUACUGAUAAUUUGAUCAGCUUGACUGAAUUCAGUCUGAAAAGUUGCUAUUUUUACAUGUUUUGCAUAUUUAUUCACAUUUUGUACAGAAAUAUUUGAAAACAGAGAAUUUUGAUUUGUUUGUAGCAAGUGUCCUUAAGAUCAUUCUGAAUAUACUGUAAACCUUCAAUUCAGGAAGUUAAAAAAUUGUCUUUGCAAAUUGCAAUAGCAAAAGUUUGUUUGCGAUUAUCAGUCUUUUUUAAAAGUGUCUUGUUGCAAUGAGUACAGCAAUAAAAAUUCAUUUUCCCUCAAGCAUUGAUUAAUUUGAUUUUGUUAAUUUUUGGGUAUUCUUGAUUUUUUGAAAAUAGAAAUGAUAUGUGUGUGAUAAGAGCUUCUUUGAAUUAAAAUGUUUUUAUGAACAGAUUAAACCUUGCUUAACGGAAAAUGAAAACUGCUCAAGCCACCAUUUGCCAUUAUUAAUACCAUGUUUGAUGUGUUAAUGGAAGGAUCAGUAUGAAUAUUAAUCUUAUUUUUAAUGAAUAUGUACAAUUCUGAAAGGGUAAAAUUAUUCCUCUAUAUGCUACGGUACAUUGUGAUGUGUAGAAUAUUUUAUUUAAAUUGUCAAAGUUGGUAUUCAUACAAAGUGACCUCCCUCCUCCAUGAAAAAGAUUCAAUUCUUUGUGGUCAUUUAUAGUAUAUGUGUACAAAUGUAUUUUUGAAUUAUAGAUACCCAAAGAAUUUUUCUAAACUUUUCAAGAUUUUUUAAUGCCAUUCAAAUAUUUUAUGUUUGAAAAAGGUUUUUUUAAUCUUGACUUUUUGAAACAAAGGGUAAGCAUAAUUAUUUCAAGGCUAGUACCUCUGGUGUUUCUGAACAUUAUGAUGAUAGGCAAUAAUGGUGUUUUGAAUCCUUUACAGAAUAUAGCCAACUCUUACCAAUUGAGCCCCCGCUUAAUAUCACACCUUAUAUUGAUCUAAUGCUAUAUUUAUUGACACAAUUAUACAAGCAUUUUACUAAAAAGUGUAUUCAGAUUAUAUUUCUAAGCGGUGAGUGUUGACCACUUUAUAGUUAAUUUUAACAAAGUUCCCACUGGGGUCCAAACGUGUGGUAUUUUCUGAUUUGUAAGGAUAUUCUUUAUGUAUAUUAAACAGCUGGUGUUCAAAAUUUAGCCACAGUAAACUUGCAAUACAAUAGUGCCUACAUUUAUGACACUUUACAAUUAUCUCUUCAGUUAUGUGUUAUGUUUUUUUAAAAAGUUUUUUUUUUUAUUGUUAAUAAAUAUUUUAUUUCGCAAA